UCAUCUCAUCUUCUCCUAUGUCCAUAUAUGGUAUGUUAUCAGUCUUCAGAUAUACCAAAAGUAAUAUAUACAGUAUCCAUAAAAUAAAUAUAAAUAUAAAAGUAUUUUAAUAAGUCCUGUCUGUAUUUGAAUCCAGUCGUCUGUGGUGCUUAGCGCCCCCUCACUGUGGGUCAGAAAACCAGGGUGACUCCACAGCUGAGAGAUCAAUAACUGUAAAAGCCUCACGGAGCUCAGGGUCAAACAUGAGCCGUCCCUCUGCUGCCUGCUCAGCGCUUUCUCUUCGAGCUGCCACUGUUGGAAACUGCACUCAGGCUUUAAAGUCACAGAUGAAAAGAUUUACAUUUCCAUCUCUUUUUUUUUUUCUUUCUAAUUUUGCUUCUGUUUUUGACAUUCAGUGAUAAGAAGAGACAUUUGAGGGCGGGGCUACGACACUAGAGGAAAUCAGUUGAGCCUUUUUUCUUUGAGCAGUUAAAUUUAAACCAUUCAAUACCUAUAUUGAUGAUAUUCUAAUUAAACGAAGGAAGAAAAAAAUGAAAACAUAACUAGGUUAUCUCGUCCGAAAAAUAUUGAAUCUGAUAUUUAUUUGACAUAUAAUAGCAACAACUCCCCUGCAGGGGUCAGGCUAGAUCACCCUCCACUUUGGAGACCACUGGCUUAUCUUUUCUAUCCCAUUGUAUUGAACAGGUUUAGUCCUUUAGUACAGAAAAGGUUCCUAAAUAUGUCGGUCAACCAAAUAUUCACCGAGGAAAUACUUGAAACAUCAACUGUUUCUGUUCCUAUAACUUCAUCAACAAUGGUUCACACCUCUUUCAUUCACACUCACACUCGACCCAGGUCGUAUCUGACUCCAGUGAGGGACGAGGAGGCAGAAUCUCAGAGGAGAGCCAGGUCUCGUCAUGCCAGACAGACCCGCAGGUCGACACAGGGGGUGACUCUGUCAGACCUCAGAGAAGCUCAGAAGACGAAGAACCUGUCUCCUCCUCAAGACCGACCGCUGGAGGACGGAGCCUCUCAGUUUGACAGGUCCUGUCAGAGGAAAGGCUUCACAGACCAGACAGUCAAGAGUCCACUGACAGAGGUUACUGAAACCACUGACACCAAGACAGUAUCCAGCAACGUGGAUGAGCAGGGAAACGUUGAACCCAGAUGUGAAAGCCUCACAGAGAGUCCGACAAGAAGCCGUUCAUAUCUGCCUGAUGCUAAAGCCUGUGGUCUGGCCCACUGUAACACCUCCUUCAGAGUUCCUGAGAGGUGGUGGAGAGAUGAAAACCAGAAUCCCGUGGAGGUUCCCACACAGCAGCACCAGAGACCAUGUAGCCCUAACAUGAACGACGCAGAAUACUACGGAGCAGAACAUGACAGGCUGUCCAGGUACGACUCCAGCGGAGAAAGCGUGACGGAGAAACCUCUGGGUCGCACCAGCUCUUAUACACGGAGAGAGACAAGACUGGCUGCUCUGAAUCAACAGGAACAAGAUUCCACCCGCACGGACUACAAAAAGAUGUACGCUGAAGCUCUGCAUGAGAAUGAGAGGCUAAAGUCCAGGCUACAGGGCAGCAAACAGGAGCUCGUCAAAAUACGAGCCCAGUUGGAGAAGGUCACACAGAGACAAGACAGAAUAUCGGAGAGGUCUUCAGUGCUUGAAUCCGAGAAAAGGGAAAAACAAGUACUUGAGAAGAGAGUGUCGGACAUGGAGGAAGAGUUAAAGGUCUUAACAGAGCUCAAGUCAGACAACCAGAGGCUAAAGGAUGAGAACGGAGCGCUCAUCCGAGUCAUCAGCAAACUGUCCAAAUGAACCGCGCUGCCCGUGGUUCUACAUGACAGUCUGUGGAUGUUCUAUCACUGACUGCUCUGUACAAGUUUCCACAACACGUCACGACACCUCGGCUCCCCCCUGAGGAGGGAGGAGGAACAACAAAGGUGGAUAAGUGGAGAUGAAUUAUUUUCACUCCGAUCGUUUCAGCUUUUUUGAGACACACACACACACACAGUAUUUCACUUCAUCCACACAGGGACCAUAACAUUAUGAACACAGUCUGAAGGUGCUGACUCUGAUAUGAUACUCACUAUUAUCACACACUGAAAUGUCACUUUCACAAGUAUUUGUUAUGUUCUACUUCAAGUUAUUGUGUUGUGUUUUUUUUAUACUACUGACAUUAUUCGCUGCAGAAGAACACAUACACACUCUCACACACACACAGAGAUAUAUACAUAUAUAUGUACAUAUGUUUACAUAAGUUUGUAUAUGUAUAUAUGUGUGUGUGUGUGAGUUGCUACUCAACAUUUUUGAAAACAUAUGGGUUCUAUGUUGUUAAUUCAAUUCAAAACAUUCUGUUCAUUGAAUUCAUAUUCAAUCACGUCUCUCUUCACUAAAAAUGAGAGUCUUAAAUGCAAUUAUACACAGUCUGAAUUAUUACAAACCGUAUUUAGGUGAGGAUUAAUUAAACACCGUCGACUCACGUUACACUUUAUUUCUACAUUUGAUAACACUGUGAUGGCUCGAACCAAGCUACAUGUACAGUACGUCGCUUCAAUGCAGUCCUGAUGUUUAGUUGUUUAUUCGGAGCAUUAGCAUGAGUUCAAGAGGACGCACUUCUGAGAUUAUUAUUACUAAUUAUUACUUUUUUUUAAUUAACCAGUUGAUUAUUAAAAAGAAACCCAAGGGCAUAAAAAGAAAAAGAUAUAAAGUAACUGUCCAGCUGCAUCGACAAAUUUCUAAUUAAUCAAUCUGUUCUACAGGGGUUUUAAUAAACGUAAAUAUGCUAAAGAAUGUUACAAUUAUUAUUUGUAAAACUGAGAUAUUAGCGAAAAACCAUAAAGACGAAGGACGUCCGAUAUUAGAAUAUUAUGUAACAUCUGUAAGAACCAUUAUUGGUUUUUCCUCCGAUAUUAAAAUCCCGAUAACGCAAUGCCUGGGUUUGGCCAAAUGAUGUGUGCCCUAAAAAUAGUUGUGAGGAUAAACGGCUGUAUAUUAAAGUGAAAGUCAAUAGAUGGCACUAUUGCAGUUUAUUUAAUUAAUCUAAUUACUACCAGGUCUAUAUCGGUAGAAUAUAAUCAGGGAGUCCAGACACUAAUUCACUACACCAGCAGAUCUGUUGACCAAUUACAGCCAUCUUUAAAAACAUUUAAAGAGCUCGACAGUGCUAGCUUCAGAGUCUCACCUUUUUCAUAUAUAUAUAUUUAAAUGUUUUUGUUUUGUUUUAUUGCUUUGUUUAUAACACACCUUUUUUAAAGCAGAAUGGUUACACCUAAUUUCCCAAGUGUGGUUUUGUAAAAGCGUUAUACUAUAUUUAUUUAUUUAUGAAUGUACUGGUUAUCGUUACACUUUGUUUACUAGUGUUUUCUAUCACAACAGUUCAGUGUUCUCUUUUAUCUGUUGUCUUGUAGGAGGACACAUUCGUCACUAAUCGUUGCAGCCAUAAAAAUAACAUUUAUUUAAAAUUUUAAUUGUCAGUAUUGACUUAAUUCAAACGCGACGUUGACUCGGAGUUUCAGUCAUAAUCUGAAAUUAGCUAAAUAUGUAAACAAGAGGCAUCAGAGCUGAUUUGAGUCACGGACCGUGUUGUUCUCAAGGACCGGUCUUUUUAAAAAAAGAAAAAAAAGCACCACAAA